AUGAGCCCGCUCCCAGCAGUAAGACUAACUCCGCACAUUCGUGCAUUUAGCUACACCGGCGUCGACUACUUUGGCCCCAUGCAAGUCAAACAGGGUCGCUGCUUGGUAAAGAGAUGGGUCGCGCUCUUUACGUGCCUCACGAUACGGGCGGUGCACCUGGAGAUUGUCCAUAGUCUGACGACACAGUCUUGCGUGAUGGCGAUCCGCCGCUUUAUCAGCCGGAGAGGUUCACCCCUAGUAUUCUACUCCGACAACGGUACGUGUUUCAAGGGUGCCAGUAAUAUGCUAUCAGAACAAAUCCAGACUCUUCAUAAAAAUUGUGCUGCAUCGUUCACGAAUGCAAGAACUAGUUGGUACUUUAACCCACCAUCAGCACCUCACAUGGGUGGGUGCUGGGAGCGGAUGGUCCGAUCCGUCAAGGCGGCUCUGUCUGCUAUUACAGAAUAUUCUCGCUAUCCAACCGACGAAGUACUUGAGACCGUGGUGUUAGAUGCGGAAAGCAUGGUAAACUCUCGUCCGCUCACCUACAUUCCACUCGAAGAUGAAAAUCAGGAGGCUCUCACACCGAACCACUUCCUGCUUUAUGGAGCUCAGGGAGUUGUGCAGCCGAAGACAGCAUUUGUAACCGACGGAGUGACAUUGCGGGACAGCUGGAAACUCACGCAAUAUUUAGUUGAUCAAUGCUGGAGGAGAUGGGUUCGUGAGUACUUGCCGACCUUAACCAGACGCACAAAGUGGUUCCAACCGAUAAGACCCCUGAGGCCUGGUGAUGUGGUAUACGUGGUUGACGAAAACAAACGUAACGGAUGGAGACGAGGUCGAGUCGUAGAGGUGUUAGCAGGACGAGAUGGACAGGUUCGGAGAGCAGUACUUCAAACCAGUGAGGGUAUUAUCAAACGACCGACAGUAAAGCUUGCUCUUAUAGAUACGCAAGCCGGGACUGUGAAGCGGGAAUCCCCGGAACUACACGGGCAGGGGGAUGUUAAGAACCGCUGUAAUAAAACAGUACCGAACGUUUCGUAA